UUAGUGGUAAAAAUGAAUUUUCCAUUUUUAUUAUUUAAAUCCUCCACAUUGUCUACACUUCAGAACCGUAACGCCAAAUCCAAUGCAACCCACACACCACCAACCGGCCUCUCGUCACGUGGCAGUGAUCGGCGCCGGAGCGGGCGGCCUGGUCGCCGCACGUGAGCUCCGGAGAGAGGGUCACAACGUCGUAGUCUUCGAGCGAGGAGACCAAGUAGGCGGUACUUGGGUCUACACUCCGAAUGUGGAGUCCGACCCAAUUGGGCUCGACCCGAAUCGGACCAGGGUCCACUCGAGCAUGUACCAGUCGCUCAGGACCAACCUCCCAAGAGAGGCCAUGGGGUUCCGGGACUACCCAUUUGUGGCCAUAGAAGAAGAUGAAGAGAGAGACCCCAGAAGGUAUCCGGGUCACAGAGAGGUGUUGAUGUAUUUGAAGGACUUUGCGAUUGAGUUUGGGGUCUCUGAGAUUGUGAGGUUCGAGACUGAGGUGGUGUUUGUGGGUUUGGUGGAGGGUGGCAAGUGGAAGGUGAAGUCCAAGAGUAAGAGAGGUGAGAUUGUGGAGGAUGAGAUUUUUGAUGCUGUGGUUGUGUGUAAUGGGCAUCAUACUGAGCCCUGUGUUGCCCAAAUUCCAGGCAUCAAUACAUGGAAAGGGAAGCAAAUCCACAGCCACAAUUAUCGUACCCCUGAGCCAUUUCGAGAUCAGGUAGUAAUUUUGAUAGGGAGCGCCACUAGUGCUAUUGAUAUUUCACGAGACAUAGCUGGAGUUGCAAAACAAGUCCACAUUGCAUCUAGAUCUGUUGCUGAUGAAACCAUUGAAAAGCAGCCGGUCUAUAAUAACAUGUGGCUUCAUUCUAUGAUCAAAAGUGUCCAGGAAGAUGGUAGUGUUGCAUUCCGAAAUGGGAGUGUUGUCCUUGCGGAUGUCAUUCUUCACUGCACAGGGUACAAAUUUCAUUUCCCUUUCCUUGAGACCAAUGGCAUUGUGACUGUGGAUGACAACCGUGUUGGGCCUCUGUACAAGCAUGUCUUCCCACCCGAUUUGGCUCCGUCACUUUCCUUUGUUGGGUUACCAUGGAAGGUUGCUCCUUUCCCCAUGUUUGAAUUUCAAAGCAAGUGGAUAGCAGGUAUUUUGUCUAACCGAAUCGCACUUCCAUCGCGAGAGGAGAUGAUGGAGGACGUCAAAGCUUUCUACUCUUUACUCGAAGCUUCUGGCACCCCCAAGAGAUACACUCAUAACAUUGCUGAUUAUCAGUUUGGAUACGACGAUUGGCUUGCAGCUGAGUGUGGCUGUCCAGCCUUUGAAGAAUGGAGAAAGCAAAUGUACUUUGUAGCUAUAGAGAACUUGUUUGCACGACCGGAGACAUACAAGGACGAGUGGGAAGAUCACCAUUUAGUAUUGCAAGCUCAUGAGGACUUCAGAAAAUACACCUUAAAUGGAGUUGAAAAUGGAUACGUGACAUCUAAUGAUGUCCCGCCCAGUUCAAGGUGAAACAAGCGACCACCUUGUUUCUUUUGAAGUUCAUCUUAAAUAUCCCAGGAAAUCUUGAUGUGUUCCUGUCCCUCAGUAAGGGGAUGUUUAAGUGGUUGGUAAAUUUAUUUUUUUGGUCAGAAGGGUUUGGGGUCUGGUUCGAAUAACAAAUGUAUGUAAUUUUUUUUUCGUCAGAAGGGUUUGCGGUCUUAAUUAAUCUGAAUCAUUGAUUAAUAAAUUCAUGCUUGAAAUGGAA